AUGCAACUCAAAGUGUUGACACUGAUGGAUAAAGAUUUGGAUUUUAGUAAGUGUUUAUUAGUUGUUCGAUCCUUUGGCUAAGUUUAAAAUGCUAUGUUUUAAUCUUAUAAAGCUCAAUAACACUUUCUUAUAUAAAACCAACCAGAGCGGGACAUGUCGGGCACCUUCCUAGUAAGAUCAAUAACACUUUCUUCAGAUUGGCUGCCAUUGAAAUACUUUCAAGUGGAACAUCUUAAAUUCGAUAAUCCGGCACUGCUGAAAGUACUUUAUCAACAAAAUAUUGUAAUGCCACAUGUUUGCUCCGUUACUUUUUUUGAAUAUGAACAUGAAGCUGCCAAUACGAAGUUGAUUUUGGAAAAGAUUCGCCGCCUGUUUCCUUCCGUUAAUCAGAUUUACUUUCCAUUGACGGUAUAUGUGCAGGAGAAGAAUGAACCAAGUAAGUUUGCGAUGAAGCUAGGGCUAUGAUCAGGGCCGGGCGCGAAGGGGGUGGAAAACGAAACUCUAGCUCCCCCUCGGAAAAAAAAUUUCGAAAAAAAAUUGAACGUGGUUUCCCCUGUGAAUUUUUGGAAAUAAUUUUUGCAAAAAAGCGGCAAAGGUAGCAGACCAAAGGCCCACGCCGAGUUUUGGCUAUUGUUAAGGAUGUUAGAAUAGAAUAGACAGUGUGAGAGAGAGGAUGGAAUUUGUCGGUAAAGGGUAGAAUAGCAACGCCAAAACAAAUAUUUUUUUUGUAGAUUUGUUGUUUCAGUUAGAAAUCACGAACUGUUCACCCUCACUUGCCGCGUGUUUGACACAUUCAAGAGCAUUUUGGUCUGGAAGAAAAGAAAACUCAAUGUAACCAUCGGCUUUCACGCCCAUUACAAUGGCCCGAUUAACGAGGAGUUGGCGAGAAAAAUGACAGAAUAUAUUGGCUACGCAUUUUGCUACAUGAAUGACAAAGUUCGUUCAGAAUUAUCAAUGUCUAAUGUAGAUUUGACAGUAGUUGUAAAACCAGAAUAA